AUGCAGGCACCUGCGCAGACACAAACCGAGGUCGGUUCGAAAGACCGUUUCUUCAGCUACUUUCGACAUGAAGUUACAGCCCUCCAGGAGCAGAUGGAGCGUCUGAACAGUAUAGCGACUGGUGCAGGAGAACGCAACGACGCCGUAGAGCAUUGCCUAGCAGGCAUAGACCGACUCUCGCACGAAGUCAAGGACGCCUCAGCCUACAUUCCGGCAUACGAUCAGCGAACGUACAGCGAGGCAAUCAAGGCGCUUGCCGAAAAGCUUCAAAACAUUCGCCAAACCUUCAACCCGCCCAAGAAGUUCGCCUUCAAGACCCGCAAGAACGCCUCUGCCAUCCCCAUAUCCGAUGCCGCCGAGCUUGCGGCCUCACAGCGUAUCCGUGCCCCAAUCAUCACCUCAAACACGUCGAACACGAACUCUUCAUUCGCGCCGGCUCCACUCGAUCGACUGUCCCCUGGUGAACGGAAAGAGCAAGAAGUAGCCCUAAGCCUGCAAAACAGGACCGCUGUCGUGAGCGACGGCAUCGAUGACACAAACGGCGGCAUCAGACGGCCCUCGUUUUCCUCCACAACAAGCAUCAACAUAAGCAACCACAGCAGCAUCCACAUCAUCCCACCCACCUCAGCCUCCAGCGCUACCAGCUCCGGCACGCUUUCCAACCUCAACGACUGUACCAUCGAUCUCAGCGCUCCGACAUCCGCGUCGCCCUUCUCGGCUCUCUAUCUCAAGAACAUCGAGAAGUCAGUCGUGGUGUGCGGCACGGUGGCGGGCGCAACACACAUCACUGAUGUUCGGGACACAAAGAUCUUCGCCGGGACACGGCAGUUCCGCAUGCACGGCGCGAGGAAUGUGGAUGUGUACUUGCACUGCGCGUCGAGACCGAUUAUCGAGGACUGCGAGGGCGUGCGGUUUGCGCCGUUGCCGGAGGCAUAUAUUACGGAUGAGAUGAGACUGGUGAAGAACCAGUGGGAUCAGAUCGAUGACUUCAAGUGGUUGAAGGCGGAGCAGAGCCCGAACUGGAGUAUACUGCCUGAGGAAGAGCGUAUGGUGCCUGCAUAG